AUGACCACGGUCUAUGCCAAUGGUGGCACCAUGGUCAACCAUCACUACGCCCGCUGGAGCCGGGAAAACAGCGUGGAGGACUGCACGCGGGCAGAGGUCUACGAGGAGGACGAUGACGGGCAGCAGCGCAGGCUGACUCCGCUGGAGAAACUGUCCCACGAGAUGGCGCAUGACGAACGGGCUGUCAAGGAGGUGACGCUGGGCAAGAGGAUCGGAUUCUACCGCAUACGCGGCGAGAUUGGCAGCGGCAACUUCUCGCAGGUCAAGCUCGGCGUCCACUUACUAACGAAAGAAAAAGUUGCCAUCAAGAUAUUGGACAAGACGAAACUGGACCAGAAGACCCAGCGGCUUCUGUCUCGAGAGAUCUCCAGCAUGGAGCGUCUGCACCAUCCCAACAUCAUCAGGCUUUAUGAAGUGAUCGAGACCCCGUCCAAGCUCCACCUGGUGAUGGAGUAUGCUGGCGGGGGUGAACUGUUUACCAAAAUCAGUACAGAGGGCAGGUUGUCAGAGGUAGACAGUAAGAUCAUCUUUGCACAGAUCGUCGCAGCAGUUAAACACAUGCACGAGAACGACACCGUCCACCGCGACCUGAAGGCCGAGAACGUCUUCUACGUGACCGCCGGCCGCGUCAAGGUGGGUGACUUCGGCUUCAGCACCGCCUGCCGCCGGGACCAGAUGCUCAGCACCUGCUGCGGGUCGCCGCCCUACGCCGCGCCGGAGCUGUUCGGCGACCAGAGCUACGCGGGGGCCUUGGUGGACGUCUGGGCGCUGGGGGUGCUGCUGUACUUCAUGGUGGCGGGGGGCCUGCCCUUCCGCGCGGACACCGUGGCCGGCCUGAGGCGGCGCGUCCUGCAGGGGGGCUACCCGCUGCCUCGGCACCUGACCGAGCCCUGCCGGCAGCUGAUCCGCCGCAUCCUGCGCCCGGCGCCCGCCGAGCGCCCCACGGUGGCCCAGAUCGCCGGCAGCGGGUGGCUCGUCCUGGACGCCCCUCCCCCACCCUCACCCCCACUAGACCCCGCCCACCUGGCCGGGCCCUCGCAGCCGCCGAGGGGUCACGAGGACGAGCACGAGCACGAGGCCGAGGCCGAGGUGAGGGGGGCCCUGGCCCGCCUCGGGGUGACGGAGGCCCACAUCCGGGACAACGCGGGCAAGGACUCGCGCAGCCCCAUCACCGGCACCUACCGGAUCGUGCAGCACCGGGUCCAGCGGGGGCGGGGUCAGGGGCGGGGUCAGGGGUCACCGGACACAGGCCCGGCGGCGGCGGCGGCCCCGGCCAUGGCCAUGGCCAUGCACCGCGCCCGGGGCCAAGACUCAAGGACAAGGCCAGACCGAGCCAAACUCGACGGGCCGCUGGGCCUCACCUCCAAGUUGUGCUCAAUUUUAUAG